AUGGCCGUCAUUGAAAUUACCUCAGCGGAGCAGUUUGAGGAGAUCAUUCGCGCGAAUCCUAAGGUGGCUGUCGACUUUAUGGCUACCUGGUGCGGUCCAUGUCGCCUCAUCAGCCCCGUAUUUAAGCAGCUCUCGGAACAGUAUAAGGAUAUUGUGUUUCUCUCCGUCGACGUGGACAAGGUCGCGCCAGUCGCCCAGAAGUACAGUGUCCGCGCAAUGCCGACGUUUAUCAUGUUUAAGGACGGAGAAAAGUUUGACGACAUUAUGGGUGCUAACAAAGUUGGCCUCGAGGAUAAGAUUAGGGGGUUUGCUGCAUAA